CUCAACGACUCGCAGCGCGCCGCCGUCGACGCGGCGCUCACGCGGCGGCUCACGCUGGUGCAGGGCCCGCCGGGGACAGGCAAGACGACGGUCGCGGUGCAGAUCCUCACGCUGUGGGUGCGCGCGCUCGGCGUCAAGCCCGUCCUCGCCACCGCCGACUCGAACGUCGCGGUGGACAACAUCCUCGCCUCCCUCGCCAAGGACGGAGUCGGAGUCGUGCGCGUGGGG